GGAAUUGCUAUGAUACGCGCUGUGGGGUCGUCGGGUUCGGCUCAUUUGCUUCGCAACAGAGGCGGGGCGCUGAUGCCUUGUGUCUGCGCGCGCGUCUGUCAAUAAAGUUUUUUCGAAUAGCUCAGUUAGCCUAUUGGAGAAUGGGUAGCAUCACUGAUGAUGAGGUAAUUCGGAAGCGUCUUCUGAUCGAUGGAGAUGGAGCUGGAGAUGAUAGGCGCAUUAAUGUGCUCAUGAAGAGCUUCACCAAAUGGUGCCACUCCAAUUUCUCACCAGAGGAAGGGUUCUCACAGUAUCAGAGGAUGUUGACAUCUUUGGCUCAAUGUGAGUUCUCCAUGGGGAAGACCCUGCUCGUGUACAACAUGAACCUAAAAGAAAUGGAAAAUUAUGAAGCAAUCUAUUCAGAUAUUGAAACAAGUAUAACAUCAGCCCAUGAAAAAAUUGCAGAGUGCAAAAAGGAAAUCCAGAGAGCGAAAAGGAUACGGAAAAACCGCCAAGAGUAUGAUGCUUUGGCCAGAGUUAUCAAGCAACAUCCAGACAGACAUGAGACCUUAAAGCAGCUUGAGGCUUUAGACAAAGAGCUUCAGCAGCUUUCACACAUCAAAGAGAAUGUGGACGACAAGUUAGAACUUCGUAAGAAACAGUUCCACGUCCUUCUCACCACCAUUCAGGAACUUCAACAGACUUUGGAGAAUGAUGAGAAGAUGGAAAGCGAUGAUACCCAGGAGAGUCUGAUGGAAAAUGGAGACUAGACAUUUGUAUUUUUCCAGUUUUUCUGAGGAUGUUCCUGUUAUUACUAUUAUUUCAUGAGCACCAGAAGAUGUUCUUUCAUUUUAGUCUCUCUUUUUUUUGUUGGUCAUGUACAGAAUUAAAGUGAUUUCUUUACAAACUGAA